AUGGAUAUUUCGGAGCUGUGGAGAUUAGAUUCCUUAGGAAUAAAAGAUCCUUCAGAACAAAAGUCUAGAGAGGAACUGCAAGAAGCCUCAAUGGAACAUUUCUUAAAUGCAGUGAAAGUUGAAGGAGAUUGCCGUUUUAUAGUUGGUCUGCCAUGGCUUGAUGGACAUUUGUCUUUGCCAGAUAAUUAUGAUUUGGCGUUAAAGAGAUUGCAAAUGACAACACGCAAGUUGAAAACCGAAAAAUUGUAUGAUGCCUAUGGAGAAGUGUUCAAGGACUGGGAGAAAGAGGAAAUAAUUGAAAAGGUUCCAAAAGGAGACAUGGGGAUACCUCAUCGACCUGUGAUAAAGGAGAGCAGCACAACUAAAAUCAGGCCAGUGUUCAAUGCUUCUUCUAAGAGAAAAGAAGUUCCUAGUUUAAAUGAUUGUGUUGAGAAAGGGUUAAAUUUGAUAGAAAUAAUUCCCUCAAUGAUAAAUAAAUUUCGAAGAUAUAAAUUUGGUGUAACAGCUGAUAUACGUAAGGCUUUUUUGCAAAUAAGUCUUUAUGAAAAUGAUAGAAAUUUCUUGCGAUUCUUAUGGUAUGGAGAAGAUGGACAGCUGAAACAUUUUCGUCAUCGAAGAGUUGUGUUUGGCGUUUCUUGUAGUCCGUUUUUGCUAGGAGCCACUAUUCAAUACCAUUUGAAUAAUAAACUAGAAGAAGCAAUGGGAGGGAAUGAAAAAUACCCUAAAGAGAUUAUACAGGAACUAAUAUGCAGUUUUUAUGUAGAUAAUUGCCUCACAAGCGUGAAAACUGAAUCAGAGCUGAAACAAUUCAUAGAAGUUGCUACUAAUAUUAUGGCUGAAAGACAAUUUGAUUUACGAAGGUGGAAGUCUACUAACCCAUCAGAACCUAAUUCUAGUGAGACCAACAUUCUUGGAAAGAAGUGGAUUAGACAAAGUGAUACUCCGUUAAUUAAUAUCCAUGAUAUGAAAGACAGAAAACCUGAAAAAAUCACCAAAGGAAGCAUUUUAGCUGCCUCACACAGAGUUUUUGAUCCUAUGGGGAUAGCUAGCCCGGUAUCGCUACGGCCAAAAUUGUGGUUACAAAAUUUGUGGAAAGCGAAAAUUGAUUGGGACGAUGAAGUUGACACAAAAACACGAGAAGAUUUUUCAAAGUGGCUAAGUCAGCUUGAAUAUCUGAAGCACAUAGAAAUCCCAAGGUGGUUGCAUUGUGACAAAGGUUGCGAGCGCAUUUCAUUACAUUUCUUUUGUGAUGCCAGUAAAUUUGCGUAUUCCACAGUAGUUUUCUUGAGAAUAGAAGAUGAAAGCAAUGUUCAAGUUCACCUGAUACAAAGUAAAUCAAGAAUAGCACCUAGCGGGAAAAAGGAAAAGGAAGGACUUAAACUUCUUGGUGCCACAAUAGCAGCUCGUCUAUGUAUUGAAAUAAUAAAACAGUUUCAGACGGACAAAGUUCAUUUCUGGAUAGACUCAACAGCUGUAUUAGCUUGGUUUAAAAGAGAAAAUACAUGGGGUGUAUUUGUGGAAAAUCGGGUUCAAGAAAUCAGGAAAUGGACUACGGUAAAACCAUGGCGGCAUUUGCCCGGAUCUAUGAAUCCCGCAGUCUUACCAAGUAGAGGUUGCUCUGCUGAACUACUUGACAAUUCGAAAUGGUGGGAGGGUGCCAGCUGGCUAUAUCUUUCUCACACGGAAUGGCCUGUAGCAGCUGACGAAAUUUCUGUUAAUGAAGAGGAAGUAAAUUUGGAAAAACGAAAACAAGUAGUUAUUUCCAUGGUAAAUGUUGAAGUUACGGAAAUAUGGUGUAUAAUAUAUUACUUUUCAACAUAUACCAGAAAUGUAAGAGUUGUCGCUUGGAUUCUACGUUUUGUCCACAAUGUUUCACAUCAAGAUAAGUUAAAGGGAAAUUUAAUCUGUGAGGAGUUAACAAAGGCAGAAAGUGUGAUUUUUAAAUCAAUGCAAACAACGCAUUUCCAAGAUGAUAAAUUUCUAGCCAAAAUACAAGCUUUUCGAGAUAAAAGUAAUAUUCUGAGAGUAAAGACCGAACUGGUACGUCGUGAUGAGAAUGAGAAUUUCAGAUGUCCAUUUCUUUUACCUGCUAGCAGUUUUGUGUUAGAAUUAAUCCGUGAAGAGCAUAUAAAAACGAUACAUGCAGGUCGUUCCAUCUUACUCUCAAGACUCAGAGAGCGAUCCUGGAUUCUUAAAGCUAAAAAGUUAAUAAAUAAAGUUAUUUCCAAGUGUGUGACUUGUAAGCGUCAUCGAGCUAAACCAGUAGAAGUUCCUUUUGCGCCCUUUCCAAGAGAAAGAGACAAAAAGUUUUUCAAGUGUCUGGUGUGGACUAUGCCGGUCCUCUAUAUCUAA